AACAAACAGAAAAGAUAUCUUUUCCGCUUUAUGAAGAUAUAUUAAAAUGCAAAUGGUUUACAUACAAAAACCUUUAUGAGGCAAUGGGACAGGAAUGUACAUUAGAGUAAAUAAAUGUGACGUUGCAAAAAACGAAGGAUUUAUGCCGUUUGCGUGGAAGGUUUUUGAUAACUCGGACAGUAUGGAAGAAGGAACGCCACCUUCUAGCAUUCCUAGAUAUGGUUCCAUUCAAUCUGAUACAACAAGUCGUAGACUUGUCAUUCCAACUCGAGUAUUAACCAAACAACUUGAGAUUAAACACGAGAGCAGUCUUAAACGUAAUUUGACAAACGUUGUUAAAACGACUAAAUACACAAUAUGGAAUUUUCUACCAAAGAAUUUAUUUGAACAGUUUCAUCGUUUUGCCAACAUCUACUUUCUAGCAAUAGCAAUUUUAAACUGGGUUCCGGCAAUAAAAGCAUUUGCGAAAGAAAUAACUAUGAUCCCAUUGUUGUUUGUUCUCACUGUGACAUUGGUAAAGGAUUUAUUUGAGGAUCACAGGCGAAGAAGGUCAGAUAAUGAGGUCAACAACAGACAUUGCCUUGUCUUUGAUAGAAUUGAUUUAGUGGAUCAUAUGCAGGCCUGGUUAUACUGGAGUGUUUCAUUUCUAUCUCAGAAACAUCCUCUCAUAUUUAAAACAUUGAAUUUAUUCGUUCACAGCAGUAAUGAAAAUUUCUUUGUUUUGCACUGGAUUUUAACUGCACUCAACUUAAUGUGUUUGACUUUCUUGCAGUAUCAAAUUUGUACAACCCACCAAUAUGUUGAAACAAAAUGGAAAUCCAUUGUUCCUGGCAAUGUUGUAAAGUUAUCAAAUGAUGAAAUUAUUCCUGCUGAUGUAUUAUUAUUGAAGUCGAGCGAUCCUAAUGAUAUAUGCCACAUAGAGACAGCUAACCUUGAUGGUGAAACAAAUUUGAAACAAAGAGAAAUUGUUAGAAAUUCUAAUCAGGGUUUAGGGUCUAAUGGGGCUGUGGAUUUUUCUUCAUUUGUUCAUUGCGAAGAACCGAAUAGUAAAAUUUAUCAAUUUCGGGGAUUUAUAGACACUGAUGGCAAUCAGAUACCAAUUGGAACAAAUAAUCUUCUUUUAAGAGGAUGUGUUAUUCGCAAUACAGAAAAUGUAGAAGGCAUUGUAAUAUAUGCAGGUCAUGACACAAAAGCGAUGCGAAAUAACGGUGGCCCAAGAAGCAAACGCAGCAAAUUAGAAAGAGAUAUUAACUGGGAUGUGAUAUCUUGUGUAUUUAUUUUAGUAUCACUGUGUUUGAUCUGUGCUAUAGGUUGUGGAUUUUGGACUCAUAAUAAAGAGGCAUUUGACCAUCAGUAUACCCCAGAGUUGGACCUUAACAAUGAAGAUGUCAUUCAGAGAGAACCUGCAUUGGAAGGUUUUGUACGAUUUUGGACCUAUAUCAUUAUUUUUCAGGUGUUAAUUCCAAUAUCCUUGUACGUGUCUGUGGAAAUUGUGAAACUUGGUCAAUGUUAUUUUAUCACGAAUGAUGUGGAAAUGUAUUAUGAAGAAAAAGAUCAACCCGCGUUAUGUCGUGCGCUAAAUAUUAAUGAAGAUUUAGGACAAAUUAAAUACGUAUUCUCUGAUAAGACUGGAACUUUAACAGAGAAUAAAAUGGUGUUCAGACGUUGUACGAUUAAUGGGAAAGACUUUCCGCAUUCAACCAGAUAUUCUCAAGAUAACCUAAGAGAUGAAGCAGUACCUCAGGGAAGCCGUGGUCAGGAUACGACAGACUCUCCUAGCGAUAAUUCUGGAUCAUCACCUGUCAAGGAAUUCUUUACUUUGCUGGCAAUUUGUAAUACCGUUGUUGUUUCGUCGCAUGGCAACCAGCAGAAUGACGUCACUACCACUUUAGGCAAUAAGGAAAAAUCCACUGAUCGAAAUGAAACGGUCAAUGUAGAUGGUGAAACAAAUGCAGAUGGUCAAACAAAUAAAAUGUAUUUAAAUGGAAGGCUCGAAGCAAACCAAGAUCUAUCAGGUGAUAACAGGCAAGAACAGACUUUAACUUACGAAGCUGAAUCACCAGAUGAAGCAGCUUUGGUAAAAUCUGCCACAAUGUAUGGAUAUAAAUUAAUAUCACGUGGUCCGGAUAGUAUAACAAUUGAAGUACCUGAAGAAGGCAUUGUGAAGUAUCAUCUUCUUCAUGUCUUAAUAUUUGACUCCGUCCGCAAAAGAAUGUCGGUGAUCGUUCGUCGUGAGAAUGAUGAUAGGAUAAUAAUGUAUUGUAAAGGUGCUGACACAGCAGUUAUACCUCGGUUAUCCAAACAGAGUAAGUCAAAAACAUUACAAAACUGCAAUAAUGCAGAUGCGCUAGAUGGAAGAAAUGCAAGUGCAGAAACGGAAGAUGUGUCUUUGGUUGAAAUGACGGAAACUCAUCUUAAUGUUUACGCAAGAGAAGGUCUGAGAACCCUUUGUAUGGCAAGAAAGGAAUUAACUGAUGAGGAUUAUCAUAAUUGGUUAUCAGAACACGAGAAAGCAGAAAUAUCUCUGUACAAUCGUGAGGAGCUAUUACAAGAUUCAUAUUGUCGGGUAGAAUCUGAUAUGGAGUUACUUGGAGCAACCGGUAUCGAAGAUAGAUUACAAGAAGGUGUUCCGGAAGCAAUUGCAACGUUACGUGCGGCCGGACUGAAAGUAUGGGUUCUCACUGGCGAUAAACAGGAAACGGCAGUAAACAUUGCACACUCCUGUCGCCUUCUGGACCAAGAGAUGGAUAAAAUAACGCUUAAUGCUUCAUCAAAAGAAUCGUGUGCAGAACAAAUCAGAGCGUGGCUAGAAAGGAUGAAUGGUGAUUCAAAUGAUGCAAGUCAACAAUUAAAACAAAUGAAACAAACUAAAUAUGGGUUGAUUAUAGAUGGACAGACACUACAAUAUGCUUUGGAGUAUCCACUUGCUUUGGAAUUCCUUCUUUUAGCUAAAUCAUGUCAAGUUGUUGUUUGUUGCCGGGCUGCUCCUGUUCAAAAGGCUUCUGUAGUACGUCUUGUUCGAGAGGAACUUGGUGUUAUGACAUUAGCUAUAGGUGAUGGAGCUAAUGAUGUUAGUAUGAUUCAAGUGGCUGAUAUUGGAGUUGGAAUUAGUGGUCAAGAAGGAAUGCAAGCUGUUCAAGCUAGUGACUUUGCUAUUGGAAGAUUUCGUUUCCUUGUUCGAUUAUUACUCGUCCAUGGUCAUUGGUGUUAUGAUCGUAUUUCAAAGCUGAUACUAUAUUUCUUUUAUAAAAAUAUGAUGUUCGUGAUGGUGUUGUUUUGGUUUCAGUUAUAUAACGGUUUUUCAGGAUCAAACGCAAUCAAUGAUUUGAACUUAAUUUUUUUUAAUCUGAUCUUUACUGCUUUACCUCCAAUAAUAUCGGGAAUUUGGGAUCAAGAUGUCUGUAGUGAAAUUCUUCUUAAAAAGCCAUACCUUUACAGACAAGGUCAAGAAAGUGAGCUUUAUUCUAGGAAAAUGUUUUGGAUAACAAUGGCCGAUGCUAUAUUCCAAAGUAUUGUAAUCUUCUUUUCAGCCUUUCUGGUUUACUACGGAACACAAGCUGGUUUAUAUACAGUUGGAGUAAGUCUUCAUCAGUGUGCAGUUAUUGUCGCCUCACUUCAAAUUGCAAUUGAGACAAAUUAUUGGACAAUAAUUCAUGCUGUGAUUCUUGGACUCAGCGUUUUGUUAUCAUUCGUAUGGUGUAUUGUCUAUAAUGUCGUCUCACCUGUUCUGCCAGAUUAUUUUGUCGCUAUAGUAACAAUGGGAACAGCAAAUUUUUGGAUGUUGUGUAUUCUAACAGCUUUUGUAUCGAUGUUGCCAAGAUUACUGGUGAGAACCUUACAGCAAUCAUUAUCGCCAACAGAGAUUCAGAAGGCUCGUCUUGAAUCUACUUGUCCUGAAGUUUCGCUUAUUUCGUUCGAAUCAAGAAGUAGACAGUUUUCCGCUGAAAAUAACAUACAUGCCCAGACGUCUGGAAUAAAAGUAUAGGCACAAAAUCCAUAUGGAAAUUCUAAUAAGCUCGGAAAUUAUGUUAGAAAUAUUAUAUAUAUUCUAGAAAUUGUGAAAAUACCAGAUAUUGUGACACAUCCAUUUUUCGUUAAUGUGACGUCCACAUUUUAUGCUGGACAUCGCUAACAAAUAUUGCUGUAAUCAUAGUAUAAUGUACGUGAUAAUGUUCUCUUUGGUCCUGUCAGUCGUUUAAAAUCUACUGCAGCAUUUUCUUCACAUCCUUUGAAUGAAUGAAUCCAUAUUCCAUUCACUAACAGCAGAAUUGUUUGUCUCAUAUGAUAUGGGCACAUAAUUGUUCGUGGGGCGGGCCGCGGGGGAGGUCUUGCAGUUACAGUCAAUCAAGCUAGCAUGAACCUGUUUGGCGAAAUACAGCCCUGACAUUCUUGUACACCUAAUACAUCGUCCAACUAUGGUCCAACCAAUCCAUUUGCUGGGCAUGGGCAUGCAUAUUAGGUAUUUGAAUUUGUGAAAAUAAAAAUGCAUGGGUACCCAUUUUAGCCGUGCCGUCCCAAUAAAUGGAGCUAGUGUAGUGUAAACGGGGUUUUUGCUAUCCCGGUGCAGUGUUCUCAUCAUCGUUGGCUUUGAGGGCCUGUUUGCAGGCUAGAGUUGGUGUAUAAUUUACUCCAUCAACAGGAAUAUCUUUGGAUCGAGAAGGAAAUUUCACUAAUUAACAAUCCUAAAGGUCCCUUUUCGUGAGCAAAAAUAUUCUUGUAUAGUUGUAAAUUAUAAGGUUAUAAUUUUGACGUGAAGAAAAUAGCCCCGGAUUUAUACAUAAUUUGCCGCCAUUCUUGGCUUACUAGUUUAUGAUUGGAAAUGUCAAAUACAAGAUUUGUGAAUAAUCACAGCGUUUCACGUAAUCUAGGUCACCGUUUGAGCGGAUCAAAUCCACUAAUUUUAACAAUAAUAUGUACAAUAAUUAUUUUUUCAAACUAAACACAUGCACUUGUAAUAUAAGUGGAAUAAAUACA